AUGCGGCCUCUGCAGGUUCCAUCUUAUUCUCAGUCGGACUUUGGAACUGCCAAUCUGCUCGUGCUGGCUCUGACUGAGACCUGGAUCCAUGCUGAGAACACUGCCACACCCGCUGCCCUGGCCUCCAACUUCAACUUCUCCCAUACCUCACGCCCCAACAGACGAGGGGGUGGUACAGGUCAACUGGGGAAAUUCAUCGAUGAAUUUGACACGCUACUGUCCACCAUCCCAGAUGAUGGAACUCCUCUUCUGGUCCUUGGUGAUUUCAACAUUCAUCUAGACAAACCACAUGCAGCUGACUUUCUUGCUCUCCUUCCCACAUUCGACCUCAAGCAGUUCACCCCACCAGCAACCCACAAAGCCGGCAAACAGCUUGACCUCAUCCUCACACGUAAUUGCACCACACAUAAUCUUCUCAUUACUCCUCUCCACACCUCUGACCAUUUCUUUAUCCAGUUCUCUAUUUCUCUCCCCUCACCACCAUCACUGUCUCCUCCCUCUAUCUCUUUUCGUCGCAAUCUUCGCUCCCUUUCCCCUUCACAUUUCUCCUCCGUUGUCACAACCUUACUUCCCUCCGACAGCCACCUUUCCUCACUUGACUUAAACACCGCAACCGACAUGCUAUGUUCCACCCUAACAUCUUCUCUUGACAGCAUAUGCCCCCUAACCUAGACCUGCUCGCACAUCACCCUCUAGUCCUUGGCUCUCAGAAGCUCUGCGUAACAACCAGGCCAAACUAAGAGCAUCUGAAAGGAAAUGGCGCAAAUCAAACAACCCAAUUGACCUAACCAAUUACCAGUCACUUCUCUCUUCUUUUUCCAAUAGCAUCUCCAUUGUAAAGGCCACAUUCUACCAAGAGAAGAUUGGUAGUUCUCCCAACACCCGCAUUCUCUUCAAAACCUUUUCCUCUCUACUCUGUCCCCCUCCUCCCCCUUCCCCUACUUCUCUCACUGCAGAUGACUUUGCCACUUUCUUUACCAACAAGGUUACAUCAAUCAGGAACCAGUUCUCAACCCCAGACAUGCAUAGACCGACUUCUC